AUGCAGCGGUCCAAUGCUCACAGCUUAGAUGACUACGUCAUUCAUAAGCCUGUCGAUGUGAUUGAUGGAAUGAACCGUAUUAGUGCGUACGUCGGGGGUUGUGCUGCUGGUGGGGCGCCGCUGCAAACCCCUUUGAAUGGAACUUCCACCACCUCUCGACAUCCUGGUGGGCCGCAGAUGCAACGCGCCGUACCUGCUGUCAAGCGCGAACCGCCGCUACAGUCGCCGCAACCCCCUGGCGGAAUGCCCUUUACUGCACUGCAGCAGUGGCAACAGCAACAGCAGCAACUCCGACAAUGCCCCACGAUGCCCGCGGGAAGGUGCUUGGACGCGGUAGUUCAGACGGAGACCGCAACGGAGGAUGCUACCGGUGGAUGGCCCCUUACAAUUGAGCGUGACGAGACGUUUACAAGACGGGUGCGGACGUCACUAGCCGCGGCGUCGUCCACCUCCAGUCUGAGCGCAAUACGCGCGAGCGGAGCGUCUUCGCCGACGAACGUCGCCUGUCACGACCUUGAAGACCAUAAGAAGCUGUCCCCGCAGUCCACCUCUAGUGGAGGGAAGAAAAACAAGGUAGCGGGUGAAAAGCCGUUGGAUGCUUGCAGGAAAAGUACCGAAACGCAAAACUCGAGUUGCGGAACGGGGGGUGAUAAGUCUUCACCGGGUAAAAAGAAGAAGGUGCAUGGUCCCACGCAUGAUGGGAACGGCACAGCACCCUCUGUGGAGCCCAGCCCUCCCCCGAAGAUUGUGAAUGUUACCUUACCCACUCUUGUAACUGUGCAGCCGAAGUCAGUGUCACAAAUAUCAAACAGCAGUGCGACCGCAGUAGGCGUAGUAGAGAGCAACAAAGGCGGCGGAGACACAAGGGAGAUGCCUGUCGAUCCUGGAUUUCAAUACCCUUUGCCUGUGAGUCGUACAGCGGCGUGGUACCUGCCCAACUCCCGUGUGUUGGAGCAUACCGAGUUUAAAAACCUUCUCUGUGAAAACUGGAUGCCGCCGCCGAAAUCCGUACAGGACAAACAAGUGCCUGAGUCCUGGCCACCCACAGUUGGGGUUGAAGUUACGCUGCCGUCCCCGGCUGCGGUGCGGGACCUCGGGUUGAGUACGGAUAACUUCAUUGUGGAGUUUCCCCCGCCACCGGAUCUUCCAGUUCCGGACAUGCCGCCGCCUGGGAAGCAGAAGAAGACGAAGUGUUUCUGUAAGUUCUGUAAAGUGUGUUCAACGGUAUGA